AAUGAUACAGAAGGGAUUUCUGUUGAAGUCCACCCAUGGCAGAUUGGGUUUGACCGCCUUCAUACUAUGUCUACUGGCCAUGAGCUCCGGAUUGGCAGCUCUCUGCUCGGCGCGCGUUAAGAAACUGAUCACGCCGCUGCUAAACAAAGCACUCCACAAUUUCCUGGGUUUCGCCUGCUUCGUCAUCGCCUUAGUCACCCAGUACUACGGAUAUGAGACGGGUUAUUUUACGCACCGCACUGAGACUGACCUGCAAAUCUUGAUGAAGUGCUUAACACUUGUUUCGCUGGUGCUCAGCAGCUACGGCCCAAUGAAGGGACUCUACCACAAAAUAAAGUCCAUCUCAAGUCAAUUCUAAAGCGGACAGAUUAUUCGCUGACCUCCGGCGAACUGCUCUGUGUGAUGAGCUUUCCUUAUCGCUUCCCCGCGACAAUCUAUUAUUGUAUUUAAAACUGCUUUAGACUUAAACACCGUGAAUUCCCCAACAAUACAUAACUCACGCCGGUACACCUAGCUGUUGGAAUCCCCCAUGAGCAUAUUGGCCUGCAGUUCAAGCAAAGUUAAAGAUAAGAUCGGUAAAUUAUAUAGUCGUUGCCUUGUGCUGGUCACGUACAACUCAUUCGUAACACGAAUCGGAUUACUUUUAACAGUAUCAGUUAUGCCAACAGAUAGUUGUCUCACAUGCAUGCCAAAUUAAACAGGCCCUCAUUUUAAUACAUAAGAAUAAAAUAUAAUUUCAAGACUAACUUCAAC